AUGGGUUUAAAAGCCUUCCUCAAGAAAGAUCGUACAACGGCCUCGAAUGACGAUGUCGCUUCUCACAUUACUGGGUCGGAAAAGGACAACGAGGAGCAAGCAUAUGGACAAAGCACAGAUGUUACGACAGGGUGGACAGGCGACGGUUUUGCAGGAGCUUCAGAGUAUCCCAAUGCUCCUGGAGAAAACUACCGCACACUGGGCCGAUGGCGAGCGUGCGUGAUUUUGAUCACGAUUGAAGUGGGAAUCGGCAUUCUCAGUCUUCCCUCCGCCCUCAAGACACUCGGUCUGAUACCUGGAAUCAUCGCAAUCCUUGGUUUUGGUGGCCUCACAACCUACUGCGGCUUUAUCCUUCUUCAAUUCUACCGGAGAUACCCUAUGGUGACAAACCUCGUGGACUGUGCGCUUUACGUUGGAGGCAAACCGUUCGAAUACUUCCUUGGUAUCGCCUUUGUGUUCAACUUGGUACUUAUCUGCGCUUCCGCAAACAUUACCUUAUCGGUCGCCCUUAAUACGCUUUCGCGCCACGCCCUGUGCACAGUGGCUUUCCUGGCUUUCCCGCACAUACUAUGCUGGUUGUUGUGUAUCCCACGGAAGCUUUCUUUUGCUGCUGCGGCUAGCUGGGUAUGCACAAUCUCUAUUGUCGCUGCAGUUUUGAUCGUCAUGAUCGCACUCGGCGUUGCUGGACCACAAGCUCCGCCUGGAUUUAAGGUUUCUAUUCAGCUGGUUGGCAGGCCUACCUUUGUCGAGGCUGUGAACGCCUUGCUCAAUGUCGCCUUCGCAUUCGCAGGAAACCAGAGCUUCAUCAGCGUCAUGGCUGAAAUGAGAGACCCGUCGAAGGAUUUUCCUCCUGCGCUUUUCAUGCAAAAGUCUUUCGAAGUGGUCAUCUAUAUUGUUGUAGCCUGUGUCAUCUACGGCUUGGCAGGCGACGCUGUCACAUCUCCUGCGCUUGGGUCAGCCCCGCAGUUGACGGCCAAGAUUGCCUACGGCAUUCUCAUCCCUUCAGUUCUCGGAACUGGUUUGAUCAUUGGUAUUACAGCGAUUAAAUUCAUGUAUAUCACCAUUAUGCGCAACGCGAAGCCCGAUCAAGUCAACGUACACAACACGUUCACAUGGUCACUCUGGAUCGGCCUCGGAGCCCUUUUCUGGAUCGUGUCUUUUGUCAUAUCUAACGCCAUACCGAUAUUCUCAUCCAUCCUCAAUAUCUCGUCGGCUAUCUUCGUCUCAUGGUUCACGUUCGGGCUCACGAGCAUCUUCUGGAUACACCUAAACUGGAAGUCACAAUGGAGUUCGCCAUGGAAGAAAUUCUUGGCAGUCUCCAACUACUCCAUCAUGAUGAUGACAGUAUUUCUCAUGGUUGGAGGGCUAUACACGUCGCUGAAGGCGCUCAUUGACAUCUACAAUGAUCCUGAAACGCUCGCUCAGUCCAUCGCGAGCCAAACCGCACUCAUCGACAAACACCUGCGCGAACACAAACUCCCCGAACCGUCUUUUGUCGCUGGCACCCCAGUGGAGCCUAUCGGAGAGGUUGAGAAGGCUAAAACGUCUGUCAUAGCAUUCAUCGGACUUCGGCAAUUGCUUGAAGGUCCAGCCAAGGAGCUGGUACCAGAGUCCAACUUCGCACUGCUAAUGGCCAUGCACCGUUUUAAGAUCGCUUCUUCAGUCCAUUUUGCCGAAUCCUUUCCAGCGCAUAUCCGGGCCAUUGAUGCGAUUGCAGAAAAGAGCGAGGAACCAAACAUAACAGGCUACGCGGUGCCCAACGGAACUAACCUGAACAUAUUCGAAUUUCUAAACGCCAACCCGGAUCGUGCCAAGCGCUUCGUUUGA